GCUUUCUUCAAUUACAGUACUCCGUUUCUGAACAAAUACAUUGGAUUAAGUUCUCAUAAUGUAGUUACGCACUUCCCCUGGCAGUUUUAUAACACGAUAUAUAUUUCCGAUUAAAUGUAUAGUACCACUUAUGUAUCUAGGUAAAUUCCAGCGGUUCUUUCUGGCAGCGGAUUGUGAUCUUUGGUCGACUAUUUGGUGCUACCGCAGCUUCCGUCGUUGUCAUCUGUGUACUAGCUAGGUAGCGAGGUUAGCACCCGACAGUAGGGACCAGUGGAAUCGUGGUGUUGUACUGUCAGUUAGGUAGAGCAUAUUAUCCUUAAGCUCUAGGGUCCACAGGCAAGGGACUGGAUCAAGAUGAAAAAUGGGUGUGAAGAAAACACUGCUCACCUGUUAUAGACAAACUCAGUUGUCUCUUUAAAACAGCCCUGACCGUUUUAGGUUGAAGCUCUUGCGCCAAUGGAUGGGAAAGGGUUGCAGCCUCCUGGGAACGAGCCUGUGGACGGAGAUGUAGGCCAAAGCGCAGAGAAGACGAGCGAAGUAGGGGAAGCACAUAAACCUGAUACAUCAGUAAGCUCCAUGCCAGAUCAAGUAGGGGGAGCACAUGGAGAGGAGAAUGAGACACAGGAAGUAAAGCCCCCUGUUGGGUGUCCUCCCACUGACUGGUUGGAGCCGCUGGAAGAUGAUGAGCAAGGCGAAGACGAUGAAGAAAGCUUAGCAGGAGAAAGUGAAAGGAGUCAUGCUAUAAGAGGCAGUGAGAGUGCAAAUAAAACACUCAGUAGAAUUGUCCGAACUCGACGUAAGCGCACACAUCCCGAUGAGGGGUGGUUUGACUUCCCGGAACUUGGAGAGGGUUGGAAACGCAAAGAGGUUAUUCGACAAUCUGGUUCUAGUAUUGGACAAAUGGAUGUCUAUUACCUCAGUCCUGAAGGUUAUCGGGUGAGAAGCAGAGUAGAGCUGAUGACGUUGCUUCUGGGAGUCCAAGACAUAUCAAAUUUUGACUACAAGGCAGGGAAGUUCCAUAAUGGCGAAAUAAAACAAACUCGAGGCAGACGGAAGAGGAAGACGCGGGAGCGGUCCUCCUCAGAGUCCAGCUGGGUGGACAAAGGAGAGAGCGCAGAGAGUCCGGAGUUUCACCCCAAGCGCCCGUCCAAUAAUUGGGCCAAAUCUUUCCUCUCCAAUGACACAAUUUCCCAAAUUGCUAGCAAAGAACCUGUUGUACCUAGUAUUAAAAUUAAAUUACAUCUGCCCUCAAUAUCCAAACCACACCUCUCCAUCAAGGGACAACCUGGGCCAGACGAUAAAACAUUAUUGUGUUCCAAAUGUGGUAUGUCGUUCAUUGGCACGUGGUACGACAGACAAAGAAAGAGACCCUCUUGUCCUUCGUGUUGGGCCUCAAAGACAAUCGAGCAUCCGAUGAUUCGGUUGCGGAAGUGGAUUCCCUGUGGGCAGUGUGUGGGAUGUCACAUGACUGUCAACUGCGGCCAGUGUGCCAACUGCAAGAGUCCAGAGAACCGAAAACGCAUCUGCAGAAUGCGCAAAUGCCUCUGUCCAAUUCGCAAAAGUUCGGAAACCGAAAGUGUCCUUCCAAACAUGCCAGAAAACGAUGUUCCCGAAUUACUGGACGACAGCGCGAGUUUGCAGGAGGAACCGAUGGACUCACAGCUGCCGGAGCUAAAAAGCAGUGAAAACGAGAACUUUUCUUCCAACAUGGACUUUGACGACGAUGAUGACUACUCAACAGACGACGAUGAUGAUUGGCAUAGGAAGCGGAAACGACGCGCCUGCGGCGAAUGCAACGCGUGUCUCUGCAGGAAGGACUGCGGCACGUGCGAUUUUUGCGUUGACAAACCCAAGUUUGGCGGCAGCAACAAAAAGAGGCAGAAGUGUCGCCUGCGACAGUGUCAGAGACAGGCAAUGAGGCACUUGCUCCCCUUCCAGAUGUCUCAAGGUGCUUAUAGGUCGGAUGAUCCAUCACUGCCGGGCAGGCCGCGGCCUCACUACACAUACAGUCGAAAGACAAAUUUAAAGAGGAGUAAAUUGCCACCGGGCUGCUGGGACUUCAGUGAUGAAGACGACGACUUCCAAGACAUUGGCUGGAGCUCCGAACCUUCAAGCAGUAACACAAACGACAUUAACUUGAUGGACAAGUCAAAACAGUUAAAUCGUUCAAUUUUGGAAGAUCAAGAAAUGGCAAAAAGAGGCGGUCACCAAAGCAACAAUAAAGUCUCUCGAGAGCAGCAAAAUGAAAGGAAUGAAGUGGAGUCUCAGCUUGAGACAGAUUGUCCGAGGCCUGUUGAAGAGGAGGAUCACGAGUUGCCAAUGAUCACACAGAUCUUCAGUUUGGCCGCCAAUCCCGUCGAAGCAGCGGAGGACAGCGAUAACCAGCUGGUGAAUCUGCUCACUUCUUUGCGCUGCACCUCGCUGCCGAUCCUCUGGUAUGCCGUCAUGGCCAAGGGCCCGCAGAUUCAGCUUGUCCAGUGUUCAAAGCAGUCCAAUAUGUCGGACACCAUUGUGCUGAUCGACCCAGGCUGCUUCUAUCAGGUGACCGUGCAGAAGCAGCCGCUCUUACCCACCCACUCGCUGUAUCGUAAAUUCCCACAAAAGUUGACGUCUUCGACCGAAGUGGUCAGUCUGCUUUUGGGCCUGGAGAAAUAUGCCCUGUGCCAGGGGCUCCCCCCUAAGGAGCCCUUAUCCAGCCAUGCCCCCAUUACAUUGGAGCGGGCCUCGACGUGCGAGUUUCUGGUGAAGAAAAACGUUGACGUCUGCUUUUACUGUAAGUUGCUUUGCAAUUGAGGACGCUGAACUCGGAGUGGGACCAAGGCGGAAGAGGGCGCUGUUCUAUCGCGUAUUUCUUGGCAGUACAUUGACACUUUCCAGGUUGACCUCUGAACUGGAAUAGUUCCAUUGAAGCAUCACCAAAGGCAUUCCAAGGACAUCGGGCGCAUGUCUUUCCGUAAUUGUUUUUCCGUUUGUCUCCAUUAAAGGCUGAGUGGUGUCGCCGAAAGCUCUUUGACUGAUCGUCUCGCUCGCGGUGUGCUUGCUCUACUUUUCCUUGGAUCAGUACGUAGGCGCCGUGCUUCACAUCUUCUCCGUCAGGCUUUCUGUCCUUGGCCAAAUUGAAGUCCCAUGACCACUCCCACUUUUAUCACAUUUGUCGUGCCACCACAGCCUGCAAAAUGGUUUCGUAAUCAGUCGGUCCAGUGAUGUGAAAUGGCGACGUUUGACAAAUUACUCCUUGUAAAUCUUUUUUUUUUUCUUGACUUAGCACCUUAGCUAAAGGGGUGAUGUGGGUUUUCUACAUUUGCCAAUUUCAUUUCUCCAGUAUUUAAUACAGCUACUCGUCAUGGGCAAUUUUUCUGGCAAGAAUGUUUCCAUGAAAAUUGCAUGAUCUCCGCGUUUUAGUUGUGAAGAUGAUGCUGAUCCAAAUCUUGAGGUACCUUAGCCAGAUCUCUCAUUUAAACAAAAGUCACAUCUGGAUUGGCUCUAGAUUACACAGAUGUCAGGAAUUUGAAUUUCACAAGAGAAGUCAUAAUCAACCUUUGAACUGCUUUGAUUCAGAAUGAAUGUGAGAACUUCGUGGAACGUGAGUUGUGUUCAGCGAAGCUGCUCCAAACGGUUUCGUCACUGAUUUCUUGGGUGCUGAGCUCUUUGAGUGGUCUUGUCAGCUAUUAUCUCCUCACCAAUUACAAAAAGGAAAAAUGGCACCAAGAGUUGCGUUGCUGGUUCAUCAAAUGUUGCUAUGCAAAAUGUGAAAAUAUCUUAGCUUAGUGCAAUAAAAUGAUCAUUCUCUUGUCAGUUUCAUACGGUGUUUGCUCUAAAGCCAUAUUGUGGAAAUAACUGAAUAAACUUCGGUCUGGCUCUU